AUGAAAACAACAAAAAAAGAAAAAAAAGUUAAUUAAUCUCCUCAAGACAAGCAAAAAAAAAUUAAAAAAAGUUCUUUAAAAAAACAUAAAUCUCAUAAAGCCGAUUCACAGUAAACACCUCCUUAAAAAAUAAAAAAAGCAGUUUAAUUUAAUUUAAACGAAAACAAACAAUAUGAAAUAGAAUCCAAAAAUUUAAAAAGCAUAAAUUUACUUUAAUAAUCCCAAUCAAGAAAAUGGAAUUAAAAAAUAUAUACAGAAAUACCAAAAACAGGUAAAUUUACAGACGAAGAAGCCUAAAUAUUAAAGCAAGCAUUAUGUAAAUAUGCAUAUGAAAAAAAUUUAGAUGAAAAAAGUUUACUUAAACUAGUUUCUGCAGAAAAACCAUAAAAAGAAACUCUAGGCGCAUGGUCUUAAAUAGCAGAAUGUCUUCCUUAUAGAUCAGUAUAAAGCUGUCAUGAUUUUUGCCGAAGAAGAUUUAAUCCUAAUAACUAUGGAGGAAAUUGGAAUGAGUGUGAAACUUAAUAAUUAAUAAAGCUAGUAGAAAUUCAUGGUAGAAAAUGGAAAUUUAUUGGUGAAUAAUUAGAAAGAACUGAAUUAAAUGUUAGAGAUAAAUAUAAAGAAAUAGGAGAAGAUAAUCAUUCUUAAAGAAAAAAAGGUUUUUGGAAAAUCUAAGAAUUAGUUUUACUUUUGAAAAAAAUAUAGAAAUUAAGUGGAAUAAAAAUAUUAAAAAAAAGAAAAAAAUUAAGAAAUGAAAUUGAAAAAAAUGCAGAAAAGCUCAAUGAAGAAUCACUUAAAUAAUAUAAUAAAAAUAAAAGAAAAAGAGAUAUUUUAGAUUUGGAUGCUAAUACAACAUUUUUAUUAGCAUUUAUAAAUUACCCUGGUGUUUAAGAACUUUAAAAUUAAGGAUCUAUUUAAUGGACGUAAAUUGCUGAAAAAUUAUAAACUAAAUCUAAAGAUGAUUGCAGGAAUAAAUGGGUUUAAUUAUAAAGAUAUAUUUUCUUUUAUGGAAAAAACUUCACUAGUGAAAGUGAUGAAGAUUUAGUUAGCCAGAUAAUAGAAUAAGAUGUAGAAAGCGAAGGAGAAAUUGAUUUCGAUAAGAUUUUUAAUAAUAAAAGUACUCAAGAAAAUAAGGAAAGAUGGAACAUUAUUAAAAAAAGAGGAGAUUUUAAAAAAGAAUUCCAUAAUGAGCUUUUAUAAAUAAAAAAAUCUUUCGAAAAAAAUCAACAAGAUGGUGCAAGCUUAUUAAAAAAAAUAAAAACAUAAUAAAAUGGUAUUUAAAAUGAAUUAGUUGAAUUUUUCAAAAAUAAUUAUUUACAAAAAUCUUGA